AACUUGACAAAUUUUUAUUUGGGAAGUCAACCUCUUGAAAUUCCAAAUUUGUGGGUUAUUACGAUAGCUGAGUGCCCAAAAUGACAGCAUUUUCUUCUACAAUUUCAAGAAAGAGUGAAAAAGUGAUUGAAGAGCAAGACGUAGAAGAUAAUACUGCCGUUUUAUUCUGUGACAAGGUUGUCAUUCCCCAUUUGGAGAAUCUGAAGUUGUCCUCCAUUAACAUUCAGAAGAUAUGGCACCACCCAUCCUACUCACCAGAGAGGAAUCAGAUGUUCUCUACACUGCGGUCCCUGUGUCUGGAAGACCUUCCCAAACUCAAAGAUGCCUGCUUUGAGAAUAGCUUUGAAUUCCCAUGCUUAAGAGAUUUAACACUAAAAAAUUGUCCUCUGCUGAAAACAUUCAUCUCUAAAUCUGUAUGUGGAGAUGAACCUCAAAUUCACCAACCUACACAAACAAAUAACUCUGCUGUCCUCAAUGAAAAGAUUGUUUUCCCUCGUUUGGAGAAGUUGCUGAUUCAGGGUUGUGAUUCGUUAGAAGAAAUAAUGGAGCUGCAAGCACUCAAUGCCAAUGAAGCACAGUCAACAUCAGCUACGCGGUCUACUAUGGCAGACACAAUGAUGACCAAGUUUGUAUUUCCCCGUCUAACGCACCUUGGACUGGAUAAGGUGCCGAGUUUGAAAAGUUUCUACUCUAGGAUGCAUACCACCCAAUGGCCAUCAUUGAAAUUUAUGAAGGUUAUUGAAUGCCCCAGAGCACAAAUUUUUGGUGAGGUUGAAAUCCCAAACCAACAACCCUUGUUUUGCAUCAAUGAGGUAUGCUCACUGAUAGUUUAUAUUCCAUGUUCAUUACUUGAAUUUAUUAGAUUGUUUUCCUUAGUAUUUGAGAAGAUGGUGCAAUUAAUAACAAUGAGGGUAAGUGUCUGCACUGAAAUGACAGAAAUAGUUGCAAAUGGGGGAGACUACCAUCAAACAAUAGUGCUUGGUAACUUGAAAUGUUUACAACUAAGCAAUUUAAAGAGCCUCACAAGCUUUUGUCCUGGAAGUUACACCUUCAACUUUCCUUGUUUGGAAGUAGUAGUUGUGGAAGGGUGUCCUAAAUUGAAGAUCUUUUCUAAGGGAGUUUUAAGCACUCCACAAUUACAAAGUGUAGAACAGGAUAGUCUCAUUAUGAAAAGGUGUUGGGCAGGUGACUUGAAUACCACCAUACAACAGUUGUAUAUAGAAAAGGAUGGAUUCUGUGGCCUAGGUGAUUUGACCAUCUCUGAUACGUUUCCCGAGUUGAUAGAAAUAUGGAAAAAAAAACCUCGAGCAAUUUUAGAGUUGAAGAACCUUAGCCAAAUGAAGUUUAUAAAUGUAGCAGCUUGAUGUACAUUUUACCCUUCUAUGCUUUUGAGCCUCAAGCAACUAAGGUUUAUAGAAGUAAAAGAAUGCAGUAUAAUGGAACAAGUGAUUAGGGAAGACGAGAAGGAAGCAACGACACAUGAGUUGAAAUUUCCUCUGCUCUUCUUUGUAAAAAUGGUGUCGUGUUCCAACUUGACAAAUUUUUAUUUGGGAAGUCGAGCUCUUGAAUUUCCAAAGUUGAGUAAUAUUACGAUAGAUGGUUGUCCAAACAUGACGGCAUUAUCUUCUUCAAUUUCAAGAAAGAGUGAAAAAGUGAUUAGUGAGCAAGACGUGGAAGAUAAUACUGCCGCUUUAUUCUGCGACAAGGGUGGAUUCAAUGACAGAUUUCAAAAGUUAGAAAUAUGGAAAAGAAACCCUCAAGAAAUUUUGGAGUUGAAGAACCUUGGCAGGGUGGAGAUUAAUAAAUGUAGCAGCUUGAAGUAUAUUUUUACCCCGUCUAUGCUUUUGAGCCUCAAGCAACUACAAUUGAUAAUGGUCAAAGAAUGUAGUAUAAUGGAACAAGUGAUUAGGGAAGAAGAGGAAGCAACGACACAUGAGUUCACAUUUCCUAAGCUCUCCUAUGUAACAAUAAAGGCCUGUUCCAACUUGACAAAAUUUUAUUCAGGAAGUCGAGCUCUUGAAUUUCCAAAGUUGAUUCAUAUUAUCAUAGCUGAGUGUCCAAAAAUGACAACAUUUUCUUCUUCAAAUUCAAGCGAGCAAGAUGCGGAAGAUAAUACUACAACUUUAUUCUACCAUAAGGUUGCCAUUCCCAAUUUGAAGCAUCUGACUUUGUCCUCCAUUAACAUUCAUAAGAUAUGGCACCAUCCAUCUUCCUUAUCUCUCACGCACUUGUGGAGCUUGCGGGUGGAAGGGUGUCACAAUUUGAAAUACCUGUUUCCGUCUUUCUUAGUAAAAGAUCUUGUGGAACUCAAAGUCCUUGAAAUUAAGGACUGUAAUGUGAUGGAACAAGUCCUCUUCACGGAUGGAUUGGGUGCAGAAGAUCAAUGGAGGAAUCAUACGAUUUUCUCUAAACUAGAGAGGCUGUCGCUGGAAGACCUUCCCAAACUGAAAGAUACCUGCUUUGAAAAUGAGUCUGAAUUCCCAUGCUUAAGAGGUUUAACACUAAAAAAUUGUCCUCUGCUGAAAACAUUCAUCUCUAAAUCUGUAUCUGGAGAUGAACCUCAAAUUCACCAACCUACACAAACAAAUAACUCUGUUGUUCUCAAUCAAAAGGUUGUUUUCCCUCAUUUGGAGAACUUGCACAUUCAGAAUUGUGAUUCGUUAGAAGAAAUAAUUGAGCUGCAAGGCCUCAUUGCCAAUGAAUCACAGUCUAUUCAAUCUAUUGUGCCAGAAACAGUGACCACCAAGUUUGUAUUUCCCCAUGUAAAGCACCUUGUAUUGGGUAAGUUGCCGAGAUUGAAAAGUUUCUUCUCUAGGACCCAAUGGCCAUCGUUGAAACAAAUGGAGGUUAUUGAAUGCCCCAAAGCACAGAUAUUUGGUGAGGUUGAAAUUCCAAACCAACAACCCUUGUUUUGCGUCAAUGAGGACACUUUCCCUGUCUUACAAGAAUUAACACUGAAGACAACUGAUAUGAUGAAGGGGAUAUGUGAUGGACAACUCUCAUUGCAGUGUUUCCCAAACCUCAAACUUCUUAACCUCCAAUUCUUUCCUGAGGCAUCCACUACUCUUCCAUAUUCCUUCAUUCGCUCACUACCAAAGCUUCAGAAGCUUGUUAUAAACAAUGCUUCCAUUUCUGAAAUAGUCCGGCCUAAAGGACUCAGCCACAAGGAAAGACAUACAUCAGCAUUCUCUCAGUUAAAGGAAUUAAGCUUGUCUGAACUUCCAGAGUUGACAUUAAAUACUUUGUUUGAAGGACGCAACCACAAAGAAAGACAUACAUCAGCAUUCUCUCAGUUAAAGGAAUUAAGCUUGUCUGAACUUCCAGAGUUGACAUUAAAGACUUUGUUUGAAGGACUCAUCAAUGAGGAAAGGCACACAUCGGCAUGCUAUCAGUUAGAGGCGUUAAGGUUGUCUCAACUUCCAGAGCUAACAUUAAAGACUUUAGAGCCAUUUUUGUUGUCUUUCAAAAAUCUAUUAAGUAUGGAAGUUUCAAGAUGCCAUGGAUCCAUCAGUCUAAUGGCAUGCUCGACAGCUAAGAGCCUGAUGCUACUAGAAAGAUUGAGCAUAGCUGAUUGUGAAUUGAUAGAAGAAAUCAUAUCAUGUGAAGGUGAAGACUUACAGGGCAGCAUUGUUUUUCCCAAGCUGAAGGAGUUGCGACUGAGUCAUCUGCCAAGUAUAGCAAGCUUUUCAUUGGCGCAUCACUCGUUGGAGUUCCCAGUCUUGCAAAUGGUGAUAGUGACAGAGUGCCCAAAAAUGAAGAAUUUCUGUCAAGGAGAGUUAAGCACACCAAGGCUGGAACAAAUGCACUUAACAGGAGAUGAGGAUGGUGAACUGCAGUGGGAAGGCAACCUUAACACCACCAUAAAGCAUAUGUUCGAUCAAAUGGUACCAAUCAUUUUAAAGUGUUAUACUUUUGAAAACAUUGGUUUUACCUUUCUUUAUAAUUGUUUCUUUUGAUCACGCACGUACAGAAUGUGCAAAAUUCUCAAGCGGUCGAGGUUACUGAUCAAUUGCACCAAAUUGAAUAAGGAAAUAUGUUGGGGUGCAUGUGAGACAAGCUCAGUUUCAUUUCAAUUCAAACCAAACCGUAAUUUACUCGUCUAUUUUCAUCAUGGCUUAACUAAUGCUUUACAAAGUGACCAUGGAAAUGCCGUUUUCAUUGUAGGUUGAGUUGCUCUAUUGGAGUAUGGAGGCUUCCACUUUCCUUUAUUCAGUUUUUGCAAAUCCACUAUUGUACUGUUGCAUUUCACAUUUUAACCUAAGUAUUGAUUUUGAAGUGCAUCAUGUUUGGCACUGGGAAAUACGAACAUGAAAACUUUUAGUAGUAAGGUUGACCCCAGUUUUAUGGAUGUAUUUCAGCCACAUUAUACUUUUUGCUGGUAUUUUUGUAUCAGCUUGGGGGAUUAGACGAUUUUAAUUAAGAUUGCUACUCAUUUUGUGUGUGCUUGUUUCAUCUUUUUUGUUCUCUGUAUAAAGAAUAUUAUGUACUUAUUUUAGUAUUUUGAUGAAAAGUUGAAGCUAAUAUCUCCUUCAA